UUUUGUCGCGGUAUAAGAAAACUCCUCCAAGCCACAAAGUUCCUGGUUAGACCUCAAGUUCUUCUUUGUGCAAUGGACGGCCGCCUAGAGACUGACUUGUAUCCUAUGGGAUCGAGUUACGCAGAAUUAGACGUUGUCCAUGAUAUUGCGGUUGGAACAAAGAGAGGCUCUGACGAACUUUUCUCCUGUGUUUCCAACGGGCCCUAUAUCAUGAGUUCAGCAGCUAAUGGCAACGACAGCAAAAAAUUCAAGGGUGACAUCAGAAGUCCUGGGAUUCCAUCCAGAGUCAUACACGUACGCAAACUGCCUAGUGACAUCAAUGAGGCUGAGGUUAUUUCUCUAGGCCUUCCCUUCGGCAAAGUCACCAACCUGCUUAUGCUGAAAGGAAAGAACCAGGCUUUCCUUGAGAUGAAUACAGAGGAGGCAGCCCAGACUAUGGUCAGCUAUUACUCUUCAGUCACAGCAGUGAUCAGGAACCAUCCCAUCUUUAUGCAGUACUCCAACCACAAGGAGCUGAAAACGGACAACUCACCAAACCAAGUGAGAGCACAGGCAGCGCUGCAGGCUGUAAACGCAGUCCAGACAGGCGGCAUGUCAUUAAGUGGUGUAGAAGCAGGUGGUGCGAGCGGCCCUAGCCCAGUCCUCAGGGUGGUGGUGGAGAACCUCUUCUACCCGGUCACCCUGGAUGUUUUGCAUCAGAUCUUUUCCAAGUUUGGCACUGUUUUAAAAGUGAUAACUUUUACCAAAAACAACCAGUUCCAGGCUCUUCUGCAGUUUGCUGAUGGUCUUACUGCACAACAUGCAAAGCUGGCUCUGGACGGACAGAAUAUCUACAACGCAUGCUGCACUCUGCGCAUCAGUUUUUCCAAGCUCACAAGUUUGAACGUUAAGUACAACAACGACAAGAGUCGGGAUUACACAAGGCCUGAUCUGCCAUCAGGAGACGGUCAGCCCGCUAUCGACCACCACGCGAUGGCAACAGCUGCAUUUGCUGCUCCUGGGAUAAUUUCUGCUGGUCCGUAUGCCGGUGCUCACGCCUUCUCCCCAGCUUUUGCCAUUCAGCAAGCUGCAGGCCUGGCCAUGCCAGGUAUUCAUGGAGGAUUGUCGUCUUUGGCCAUUCCCAGUGCAGCAGCGGCGGCCGCUGCAGCAGCAGGCAGGCUGGGUUUCCCAACUCUUCCCACCGGCAAUUGCGUCAUGCUGGUCAGCAAUUUGAAUCCUGAGAGAGUUACGCCCCAAUGCCUCUUUAUUCUUUUCGGUGUAUACGGUGAUGUGAUAAGAGUAAAAAUUAUGUUCAACAAAAAAGAAAAUGCUCUUAUCCAAAUGUCUGAUGGCACUCAGGCUCAGCUAGCGAUGAGCCAUUUAAAUGGACAGAAGUUGUACGGACGGGCGCUGCGCAUUACUUUAUCCAAACACACGACUGUUCAGCUGCCACGUGAGGGACACGAGGACCAGGGCCUCACCAAGGAUUACAGUAACUCCCCUCUCCAUCGCUUUAAGAAGCCUGGCUCCAAGAACUACUCCAACAUCUUCCCGCCCUCGUCAACACUGCACCUCUCCAACAUCCCCCCGUCAGUCGUUGAAGAUGAUCUCAAGAUGCUUUUUGCCAGCUCUGGUGCUGUGGUCAAGAACUUUAAGUUUUUUCAGAAGGAUCGCAAGAUGGCUCUGAUUCAAAUGGGUUCUGGGGAGGAGGCAAUCGAGUCCCUCAUUGAGUUCCACAACCAUGAUCUUGGUGAGAACCAUCAUCUUAGAGUGUCCUUCUCCAAGUCGACUAUUUGAACAGAAGAGUGACUGCGGCUGGAAUGUCGUUAAAAGACCUUCAGUAAAGUUGAGAUGACUGCUCAAAAGCCUCAACCACAAAACUUUCAUCAUUCCACUAUUGUAUUUAUAAGCGAUCUUUAGUUCGUAUGAUACUUUUUUAAGUUUUUUUUUAAUGCCUGUAAGAAUGAUUGUCUAUCUGUAAUCUCACCUUUCGAGCCCUUUUUAUAAGAUUCCUUUAGCAUUGGUUGGACCCUUGCCUUGAAAGUGCUGCUCUGGAUUUUUUUUUUUUUUUUUUUCAGAAGUACUUCUUGUGCCUUACAUUUAUCUUGCAGCUAAGCGCUUGCUGAUAUCCUACAAAUGAUGUCCAAAACCAACACUUUAGUUUGCAAUCAAUAUGUGUAGCUAAACUGAGGAGUUUGGUUUGUCUCAUCCAGCUGCAGGAUGUUUGAUGAAUCCUUUGCCUUAAGGCCAGUUCCUUUUGCUUUCAACAUUCCCAGUAGAUUCUUAUCACAUACUGUAAUGAUAGACAUAUAGACUGUUUACAUUCCUUUUUUUGUAUUUAAUGCAAUAAUUUGUGUACAAAUCAAAUAUUGUAAGUAUGUUUGUGUUUUUUGAUGCUGUGGCCAUUGCAUGUUGGCCUUUGUUCAGUGGCCCUUUCAUUUUUUCUUUGCCAAUAAUUUCUUUACUUUCCAUAGACCUUAAGUAUUGCCUUAAUGUAUCACAAGGCAUUGUUUUUGUGACUGUUCUAUUGUAAUGCCUGAUAUAUUUGGUGUAUUCGUGAAUCUUUUUAUGUGUACACUACAGCUUGAAACCAAAGCCUCUAUUCAGCUUUCAGUCAUAAGACUAAUGUAUUCCUUUCAAUUAGAGUUGACCAGAUAGAAAUAUAGAAGUGUUCAUGUGGCACUUCAUUUCUUUUUAUAAAUGUAUAUGUAUAAAUAGGUUGGGAAUCACUAGCUUUUAGGGGUUGUGUUUAUCAAUCAGUAACUGUAAAAUGUGUGUUUUUUUUUUUUUUUUUUUUUUGAGCUUACUUCAUGCUGAAUGCUUGCUGUAAGUAAGGUUUAUUUUUUUCCCCUCAUUCUUCGUUGUCUUGCAAUCUGUCCAUCUUGGUCACAUGCCUCUCUUUAAAUUUGUUUCUUUAGUCUUGGCCAUGCAUACAGUACAGCUGUGUGGUGGUCCUUUUUUUUUUUGUGUAGGAAACAAUUCUUUGGAUUCUUUUGGAUCAUAGGCAUUAGCUUUGAUUGGGUUUGACUCCAAUGUCUUUAAUUUCCAGAAAAUGACUUUUACUAUAAGCAUUCCACAGCACUGAUUAUUUUACAUCUUUUAAAGUGACUGUAGCAUGUGACCAGUUGCCAUGUUUUGGAAGACCACAUAAUCCAGUCUCUUAAAUGGCAGGUCCUAUGCAUCUGCACAGCAUUUGCCUUUAACGGUUUUAAUGAUUACUUUUUUUCUUAAAGCGGAUAGAUAAGGUGUAAAUACUAUUUUUAUACCAUGCUGUUAAAGCAAUAGGUUUUUAUAUCUGAAAGCAAAUGUAUAUUUUGACUAUGUUAAUGGACCAUGAGCAUGCAAAAAAAUUGGAUUUUGUUAAAAAAAAAAAAAAAAAAAGAGAGAGAGAGAAAAAGUAGGAUUAUACAAUCUUUUCCAAAUCUAAUGUUCUGUGUAACAGUCCUUCAAAUGGGGGUUGUACUUUUCUAUUUAUCUUCAUUAAACAGUUGUUUACUGGAA